UCCAGCACACUAUUAUUUUAAAAAUCACAAAUAAAAAAAUAUAUAGGAUGACAAUAGAAUUAGCAAAUAUAUAUACACCAAAUCUGUUGAUAAAACUUGGGAAGUAAUUGAACGUAUAUAUUUCCCCUAUUUCAACAUUCAAACAUGGAAAUUACCAAGAAAAGGGGAGUUAAGGGGGUGGGGGUUUUGUUGUGUAGUAUCGAUGAAAUUGCAGAAAGAACUCAAUUGAAAUCCCCUUUUUUACCAAAAGCCCGCAGUGGCAGUGCUAGUGCGUUCAAAAAGUUGAAGCCGCGUUAAUGUGGGUCCAAUAUUGACUUGUAAAAGAUUCCGCAAAAUCAACGAGCAAAAGAAACAUAAAGAAACAAAAAAUCAUCCAUACAUUACAAUUCAUCUUUAUCCAACUUCACUUUCUUCCGUUAACUCAAACUCUUUUCUCAAUUUUCUCUACUCUCAUUUCUUCAUAUAAUUUCUUGCAACAACGCAAUCCAGCCAUGUCUUUGCUUGGAGCCCUGUCCGCUGUACGAGAAGUUGUUGUCUCCAAGUUCUUUGACUAUCUCCUAGACAAGUUGGGUUCUUCUGAAUUCCUGCAAUUUGCCACUGAAAAACAGAUUCAAGAAGAGCUCGAAAAGUUGAAGAAGGAAUUGCUGGAGAUUCGUGCGCUGCUUGAUGAUGCUGAGGAGAGGCAGAUCAAAGAUCAAUCUGUGAAAAUCUGGUUGUCAGACCUCCAAAACGUGGCAUACGAUGUGGAUGACAUUGUGGACGAGCUUGAAACCGAAAUUGCCAGGCGCAAUUUGAUGUUGGAACGUCGUGGCAGCUCAAGUAAGAAACCCAGACUCAUUUCUGAUACAUUCAACAUUGUUUUGAUUAACAGGGGCAUGAUGUCAAAGAUAAAAGAUGUUACUGCCAGAUUGAAGGAUUUAGAGCCUCGGAAAACUCAGUUGCAACUGAGAAUAAUUGACUGCUCGAAAUCCAACGGAAGAAAAGAAAGGCAGCAGCCUACUUCUCUGGAGAUCGAAACUCAGGUGUAUGGCAGAGACAAAGACAAGGAGACAAUACUUGAAUUGGUCUUCAAAGGUGAUGAUGACAGAAAUUUUGUGAUUCCCAUCGUUGGAAUGGGAGGGAUCGGUAAGACAACCUUGGCCCAACUUGUUUACAAUGAUGCUACUGUUCACGAUCAUUUUGAUCUCAAAGCAUGGGUUUGUGUUUCCGAUGAUUUUGAUGUCACAAGAAUAACAAAAGCAAUUUUCCAAGCAGUCACUUCAGAGCCAUGUAAUGACAAUGAUUUGAAUUUGCUUCAAAGAAGAUUAAAGGAGAAGUUGUCAGGGAAAAAUUUUUUGAUUGUUUUGGAUGACGUCUGGAAUGAGAAAUAUCAUGACUGGACCAUUUUACAAUCUCCUUUUCUAACAAGGACUCCAGCGAGCAAAAUUAUCGUGACAACAAGAAGUUCUGAUGUUUCAUCUACAAUGGGUGCUUCUUUUCCUCAUUAUUUGAAAGGUUUGUCAGAAGAUGGUUGUUUGUCUGUAUUUGCUCAACAUGCAUUGGGAGCAAAAGAUUUUGAAGGACAUCCAAAUCUAAAAGAAGUUGCUGAGAAAAUAGUGAGAAAGUGUAAGGGCUUGCCUUUGGCUGCUAAAACCCUUGGAGGCUUGGCUCGUACUGAAAUUGACCUUGAAGCUUGGGAAAAAAUAUUGGAGAGUGAGAUAUGGAAGCUAUCAGACCAUCGGUUUGACAUAAUUCCAGUUCUCCAAUUGAGUUACCAUCAUCUUCCUCCACAUUUGAAGCGGUGCUUUGCAUAUUGCUCCAUUCUUCCUAAGGACUAUGAAUUUCAAGAGAGAGAAAUAAUCUUGUUAUGGAGGGCAGAGGGCUUUUUACAAGAAGCAAGAGAUAAGCAUAGCAUUGAGGAUCUAGGCCACAAGUAUUUUAGAGAUCUAGUAUCGAGGUCUCUUUUGCAAAUAUCAAACAAAGAUAGAUCUCGAUUUGUUAUGCAUGACCUCAUCAAUGAUUUGGCUCGAUCAGUUGCCGGAGAAAUAUGCUUCAGAAUAGAGGGUGAUCAGCAAAUUUCAGAGCAUGCUCGCCACUUAUCUUACAUUGGUGGUGAGUAUGAUGGCAUAAAAAAAUUUGAGGGCAUCAGUAAAGCGCAAUAUAUACGUACUUUUUUGCCAUUUAGGUUUUCUACUUAUAUGAGUUACUACAUAACUAAUGAUGUUCUAAUGCAUUUGUUGCCAAAUUUGAGAUGCCUAAGGGUGCUUUCUUUGAAAGGGUAUCUUAUCUGCGGGUUUACCAGAUUUUAUUAGAGAUUUAAAACACUUACGGUACCUAGAUUUUUCUGGACUUGUAUUAAAUGCUUACCGGAGUCCAUAAGUACCCUCUAUAAUUUAGAAACCCUUCUAUUAAGGGAGUGUGAGAUGCUUGAAAAGCUACCUUCAGAUAUGGAAAACCUAGUCAACCUAUGUUAUCUUGAUAUCACAGGUGCAGUUGGAUUAGAAGGCAUGCCAAGUAAUUUUUGCACGCUAAGUGAUCUUCAAACACUAUCCAAUUUUGUUUUGCAAAAGGGCAAAGGAUGUCAAAUAAGGGAGCUAGAUGGUUUAUCAAAUCUCAAAGGUCAACUUUGUAUUUCAGGGUUAGAGAAUGUGGUUGAACCUCAAGAUGCAUUGAAGGCUAAGUUACAUGAUAAGUUAGGACUGGAUCAGUUAGAAUUGAUGUGGAGUGA